AGGGCAGGAGAGAAGCUGUGACGGACAGGGGAGCAGAAGAAGAAGAGUCAGGAAGUCAGACCAAAGCAGGUUAGCAGCAGGUGGAGCUGCUCUUCCAACAUGGUCGACAUCUUACAGAACGUGAUGGACCAUGCUGUCGCUGUUGCACGAAAAGCUGGAGAGGUGGUGCGUGAUGCUGUGAGAGACGACAGAAAGGUGAUGACGAAGAGCUCAGCGGUUGAUUUAGUGACUCAAACUGACCAGAAGGUGGAGCAACUCAUCAUUCAAUCAGUAAAAGAGAAGUUCCCUGAGCACAGGUUCAUAGGCGAGGAGUCAGUAGCAGCAGGUGAGUCUUGCAUCCUGACCGAUGAUCCCACCUGGAUCAUUGACCCCAUCGAUGGAACAACCAACUUUGUUCACACGUUUCCCUUCGUUGCCAUAUCCAUUGGCUUCUCCAUCAACAAAAGGGUGGAGGUGGGAGUGGUCUACAGCUGUCUGGAAGACAAGAUGUUCACAGCGAGGCGAGGGAAGGGAGCAUUCUGUAACGGAGAACCUCUACAGGUUUCUGAUCAGACAGACAUCCAUCAAUCCAUCAUCGCCACAGAGUUCGGGUCCAGCAGGGACCCAGAAGCUGUGGACAAGAUCUUCUGCAGCCUCAGAAACAUCCUGAACCUCCCAGUACAUGGCGUGCGUGGCGCCGGCACCGCAGCCAUCAACAUGUGUCUGGUGGCAUCAGGCUGUGUGGAAGCAUAUUAUGAGAUCGGGAUCCAUGUUUGGGACGUUGCUGCGGGGUCUCUGGUGGUAUUAGAGGCUGGAGGAGUCCUGAUGGACGUGGAAGGAGCAGACGUGGACCUGAUGUCCAGGAGAAUUGUUGCUGCCAACAACCGAACCAUUGCAGAGAUCAUCGUGAAGGAGAUCACCCCCUUCGGACCAAUCAGAGAUGAUGCUCCACCUCAGAAACACUAAACGCUUUCUGUUUUAAUUUAUAAACGUUCCGAUCCAAACAAGCAUGUCUGAGUCUUAUUCUGUGACAUAAAGCAGGUGUUGACUUCAACAAGGUCCAGUCACCACAUUUUGUCAGUCUAAGCUCAGAUAAUGCCACCAGAGGUUCUUAAUGAUGGAACCAAAAGAAUCUGCCAACAAGAAAAAAUCUGAGUUCCUCCUGCUGCUGCUGCAGGGUCCAUCUACUUGAGCUGUUCACCAGGUGCUCACCUUUAGUCCAAAACAGAUCUGUGUUGGUUUUGGUAUAAUGUCUGAAGCUCCUUAUGAACUCUGGGUUUAAAGCAACCGUGAUGUGGGGCUAAAUUGGAGCUGUGAACUAGUGAUUGCCGUUCCUAAAUCCGUUAUUGCCCUUGUCAAAAACAAUACAUUCUUAAUUCUGAGGAUAUUUAAGGUGUUUACUCAAUUUUUAAUCUUUGCAGAAAGCUGAUUCCAUGUUUAAAGUGUUUUAAUGCAGUGGUCCUCAACCUGUGGGUCCUGGACCCCUGAUGCCCAUAAGCUAUAGAUUGUGGGUCAGUGAAGAAAACUGAAAUACACCAAUGCCAUUUAAUUAAACUAGGAUACAUUAAAAAUAAAAAACAAAAUGCUACACCUGUUAACAGAACUGUCUAUGCCAAAAAUGGCUUCUGGCUUUGAAACAUGUUACUUAAAAAUGGAGAAUGCUGUGAAUUAUAAUCUAUAACUUGGAAUAAUUUUGAAAAUGUUCAAAGUUUUUUUAGGUUUUAGGGUUUAAAGGUUAAAAGAAUAACCUAGGGUUACAACAAAUAAUUACUAAGAAUUAAAAUAAUGGAACAUUUAUCAGCAUUUGAAUUUUAAAAGAAGGUCAUGAGAAUUAUUUACUAUCAAAACGUAAAGGCCUUGAUUUAAAGAAAAUUACGUCUGUUUUCCUGCACUAUGAUGGAUUAAAGUCUAGUUGGGAAUUAAACUUCCUUGUUUAAUUUCUGGUUAAGUUUUAACGCUGCAGUUUUGUUCUAGUGUCGGGGUAUAACCAUAAAAUGCCAUCACAAUUUAAUAAUUGUAUGUAACUGUAAAACUGUAUUUGACAUUGUUAAAAUCUUUACUAAAUUUGAUAUUUACUGUUUAAUCAAAGUGAAAUGAAAUUUUGUCUUUGUUUUGUUGGAAUAAAUGAAUGUUUGUUCAGACUUAAA